AUGAAGGUCGAGGAACUCAUCAUCGACGGCUUCAAGUCGUAUGCAGUGCGCACGGUGGUCAGCGGCUGGGACCCCCAAUUCAACGCCAUCACCGGUCUCAACGGUUCCGGCAAAUCUAACAUCCUCGAUGCCAUCUGUUUUGUGUUGGGCAUUGCGUCGAUGACAACGGUGCGUGCGUCCAACUUGCAGGAUCUCAUCUAUAAGCGAGGCCAGGCCGGUGUGACGAAGGCGCUGGUGACGAUUGUGUUCGACAAUAGUGAUAAGGAGAAGUCGCCCAUUGGGUUCGAGAACUCGCCGAAAAUCUCGGUCACGCGGCAGAUCGUGUUGGGCGGCACGUCCAAGUAUUUAAUUAAUGGUCAUAAGGCGCUCCAGACGACGGUGCUCAACCUUUUUCAGUCGGUACAGCUUAACAUCAACAACCCCAACUUCUUGAUUAUGCAGGGAAAGAUCACCAAGGUGCUCAACAUGAAGCCGGCGGAGAUUCUCUCCUUGGUUGAAGAAGCCGCCGGUACUAGAACCUUCGAAGAUCGCAAGGAUAAGGCUCUCAAGACCAUGGCCAAGAAGGAGGCGAAACUCGUAGAGAUCCGGACGCUUCUCGCAGAGGAAAUCGAGCCGAAGUUGGAGCGGUUUCGCUCGGAAAAGCGUACCUUCUUGGAGUUCCAGAAGGUUCAAACUGACUUGGAGAAGUUGUCCCGCAUCAUCGCCUGCCACAAUUAUGUAAGUUAUUCUAAUAAGUUCCACCACCACUCGACUCUACGUGAGGAGCACGAGUCCAUCAUGGCCAACUUGGAGGACCAAACGAAAAGACUCGCUGACGAGGUGUCGAAUUUGAACGCAGACUUGGACCAAGUGAAAAAGCAGAAGGAGUCGGAACUCGUCAAGGGCGGCAAAAUCGAAUUUCUAGAAAAGAAGGAAACUUCUCUCUCCGAUGACCUCACUCGUCUCACAACGGCUCGCGACCUUGCACAUGAGAAUGAACGGGAUGAAGCUGCUAAACUUGCUGAGUACAAGAACAGACUCUCACAGCUUCAGGCGAUGAUGGAGAAAAACCUGGGCAAUCAUGCGACCUCGGAGAACAGCUAUAACGAAAGCAAACUGCGAAUCUCAACCCUCAAGGAGGAGUUCAACAAGAAGGAGGAGCUACUCCUGACCUUGACCACUGGUGUGACUGCUAAGGGUGGAACAGAUGGCGGGUAUACAUCUCAGCUCAAAGAAUCCAAGGAGGCUCUCAACAAGAGCCAAAACGCGAUUAAACAGGCGACAAUGAAACGCCAGCAUUUGGAAGAGAAGAUGGCAAAUGACGAAGCCCGUUUGAACAAGGCAAAAGAGGAAAACAAAAGCCUUCUUCAAGACAUGGAAAUUCGCAAACAAGAAAUCGAGUCAAAGGAGAUGCAGUUCAAGCAAUUCGGCUAUGACCCUGAAGCCUACAAUGCGUUGAGAGACCAAGAAAGUAUGCUCCGCAAGCAGCUUGAUCAGUGCUACCAGGAAUUCAAUAACAUCAAGAGAGACAUCGGAAAUAUCGAGUUCAACUAUGCCACCCCUUAUGCUGACUUCAACCCGAGUUCCGUGAAAGGUGUUGCCUUGGAGCUAUUCCAAUUGAAAGAAAACGAAUCAGAUAAAGCAAUGGCCUUGCAGGUUUGCGCCGGAGGUAGGCUAUAUAACGUGGUCGUUGACAAUGCCAAUACAGCUUCUGCGUUGCUCGAAAAGGGCCAAUUGAAACGUCGUGUUACCAUUAUCCCCUUGGACAAAAUUUCAACAUGGCAAAUUCCAAAGGACAAAAUUGCCUACGCUAAACGAAAGUGUGUAGACAAAGUCGAGUUGGCCCUAGACUUGGUCAACUUUGAGGAAGAAGUGUUCAAGGCUAUGUCGUACAUUUUUGGCUCUACUUUCAUCUGCAAUGAUCCUGCUACCGCCAAAAACGUAACCUUUGAUCCGAAAAUUAGAUGUCGAUCGAUUACUCUUGACGGUGAUAUAUACGAUCCAGAGGGCAAUUUAUCGGGAGGAUCGCGGAAAGCUGGCUUUUCCGUGCUACUCAAAAUGCAAAAAUAUCAUACUAUCACCUCGACAAUUGCACAGCAUGAGUCCAAACUCCGAGAGAUUGGAGCAGAACUUAACCGACUUGAGAAUAUUGGUCAGCAAACAAAGUCUUUGCAGACAUCAUUGAAUUUGAGCAAGCAUGAAAUGUCUUUAUUGCAACGUAAACUUGACACAAACCCAGCAUCUGCCAUCAUUAAAGAAUCUGAGAUGGACAAACAAGAAACUUCACGAUUAAGUGAAUUGAUCGAUUCGGAAAAGGAACAAUGUCGUGAAUAUGAGACGAAGAUUGCAUCAAUUGACAAUGAUAUUAGAGAGUUCAAUCAAGACAAGGGCUCGAAGCUCAAACAAUUGGAGGCUGAGUUAAAGGAGCUUAAAAAGCUUAUUUCACUUGAAGAUAAGACCUUGCAAAAGGAAAAAGCUCGCUUCCAAGAACUUGAAGUCGAACUCGACCAACAAAGAGUCGAAAAGAAAGGUCUCGAGGAGUCAAUAGCACAGAGUGAAAGUGUGCUCAAGGAUUUGAGUACUUCCAAUGGCGACAAUGAGAUCAAGUUCAAGAAUUUACAGGAAGAGCUACAAAGUGUGCAUGUGUUGUUGGAUGAAGAGAAAGCGAAACUUAUCGGUUUUAAUGAAGAGAUCAAUGAGCUUUCAAACGUUAUUGCCAAAAAAAAUGAGGAGCUUGGUGCAGCCAAAUUAGAAAUGCAAAAGCGCACGCAUGAUUUGGAAAAAGCAAAUGGACUCAGUGCGUCUCUCAGAUCGAGACUUGAUGCCCUCAUUGAAGAGCAUUCCUGGGUUACAGAUGAAAAUGAGACCAAUGCGAUCAUGCAACAAUAUCCAGAUAUCAACAUCGAAGAGUACGAAGCUCAAGCCGCCGUCUUGAGUGAUCGUUUCUCGAACAUGAAGCGGAAAGUAAAUGCUAACAUCAUGAGCAUGAUUGAUAACGUUGAGAAGAAGGAAACCUCAUUAAAGCAAAUGGUUCGUACGAUCGAAAAGGACAAGUCCAAGAUUGAGAACACGAUUGCGAAAUUGAACGAAUACAAGCGUAAGACUUUGGACUCCACGUAUCAAAAGGUUUCGGAGGACUUUGGCAACAUUUUUGCGGACCUUCUUCCGGGCUCGUUCGCAAAAUUGGUGCCAGUCAAUCCGAUGGAUGUCACAAGGGGUUUAGAGGUCAAAGUCAAAUUAGGUCCUGUCUGGAAAGACAGUUUGGUAGAGUUGUCGGGUGGUCAACGUUCUUUGAUCGCAUUAUCCUUGAUUAUGGCCUUUUUGCAUUUCAAGCCCGCGCCAAUGUAUAUUCUUGAUGAAGUUGAUGCUGCGUUGGAUUUGUCACACACGCAAAAUAUUGGACACCUUAUCAAGACUCGAUUCAAAGGUGCUCAAUUCAUUGUUGUCUCGUUGAAGGAAGGAAUGUUUACAAAUGCCAACCGAGUGUUCAGAACAAGGUUUCAAGACGGUACUUCGAUUGUCUCGGCAAUGUGA